CGGCUGCGGCGCGCACCCCUCUCCCCGGCCGGGCGCCGCGGCCCCGGCAUGAGGAGCGGGCGAUGAUCCCCGCCAAGGCCGCCGCCAGGAAGGGGCCCGGGGGCCGCUACCCGCUGCACUACCUCGUGUGGCACAACCGCCCCCGCGAGCUGGAGGACGAGCUCCGCCAGGGCCAGGUGGACAUCGAACAGCUAGAUCCCCGUGGCCGGACCCCCCUGCACCUCGCCACCACACUGGGACACCUGGAGUGUGCUCGGGUGCUCCUGGCACACGGCGCAGACGUGGGCAGGGAAAAUCGCAGCGGCUGGACAGUGCUCCAGGAAGCUGUGAGCACCCGGGACCUGGAACUGGUGCAGCUGGUACUGCGGUACCGGGACUACCAGCGGGUAGUGAAGCGGCUAGCUGGGAUCCCCGUACUCCUGGAGAAGCUGCGCAAGGCCCAGGACUUCUACGUGGAGAUGAAGUGGGAAUUCACUAGCUGGGUGCCCCUGGUCUCCAAGAUCUGCCCCAGUGACACCUACAAAGUGUGGAAGAGUGGGCAGAACCUGCGGGUGGAUACCACGCUACUGGGCUUUGACCAUAUGACUUGGCAGCGAGGGAACCGCAGCUUCAUCUUCAGGGGCCAAGACACAAGCGCUGUGGUCAUGGAGAUUGACCAUGACCGCCGAGUGGUGUACACUGAGACCCUGGCCCUCGCCGGCCAGGACCGCGAGCUGCUGUUGGCUGCUGCCCAGCCCACAGAAGAGCAGGUGCUGAGCCGGCUCACGGCGCCCGUGGUCACCACACAGCUCGACACCAAGAACAUCUCCUUUGAGAGGAAUAAGACAGGCAUCCUGGGCUGGCGAAGCGAGAAGACGGAGAUGGUGAAUGGGUACGAAGCCAAGGUCUAUGGGGCAUCCAAUGUGGAACUCAUUACCCGGACCCGCACAGAACAUCUUUCAGAACAGCACAAGGGCAAGGUCAAAGGCUGUAAGACACCUCUGCAGUCUUUCCUGGGAAUUGCUGAGCAGCAUGGGGGCCCCCAAAAUGGGACCCUGAUCACUCAGACUCUGAGCCAGGCCAACCCCACUGCCAUCACCGCAGAGGAAUACUUCAACCCCAACUUUGAGCUUGGCAACCGGGACAUGGGCCGCCCCAUGGAACUGACCACCAAGACCCAGAAGUUCAAGGCCAAGCUGUGGCUGUGUGAGGAGCACCCCCUGUCCCUGUGUGAGCAGGUGGCCCCCAUCAUUGACCUCAUGGCGGUCAGCAAUGCCCUGUUUGCCAAGCUCCGGGACUUCAUCACCCUGCGCCUGCCUCCCGGCUUCCCAGUCAAGAUUGAAAUCCCGAUCUUCCAUAUCCUCAACGCCCGCAUCACCUUCGGAAACCUCAACGGCUGCGACGAGCCGGUACCCUCGGUGCGGGGCAGCCCCAGCAGUGAGACCCCUUCCCCGGGCAGCGACUCCUCCAGCGUCAGCAGUUCCAGUUCCACCACCUCCUGCCGGGGCUGCGAGAUCUCCCCUGCCUUGUUCGAGGCGCCCCGCGGCUACAGUAUGCUCGGCGGCCAGCGGGGUGCCGGAAGCCGGGAGGAGGACGACGACCUGCUGCAGUUCGCCAUCCAGCAGAGCCUGCUCGAGGCGGGCAGCGAGUAUGACCAGGUGACCAUCUGGGAGGCACUGACCAAUAGCAAGCCGGGGACGCAUCCCAUGUCCUACGACAGUCGGCGACAGGACAGGAGCGCGCCGGCCACGCCGCAGCGCCGGCCCGACUCCCCGACGACGCGGGCCGCCGCCCCCAGCCCACGGCGCAGCCCGGGGCCCGGCGCGCGCGUUUUCCGGAGCUACGACGAGCAGCUGCGGCUGGCCAUGGCGCUGUCGGCGCAGGAGCAGGAGCGGCGUCGGCGGCGCGCGCGCCUGGAGGAGGAGGAGCUGGAGCGCAUCCUGCGGCUCUCCCUGACCGAGCAGUAGCACCCCCUUCGCCCCGGGGCCUGGGGAGCCCCGGCCGUUGCGCCCUGGCCCUCCGAGCGGCCGCUGGAGACUGGAGCCGCCGCCUCUGGGCCCGAGGGGAGCCUCGCGCAACGGAUGCCGAGGGCCCGGGCACGGCGCGGGGGUACCUCUCGGGGCCGGGGCCCUGGAGGCAGCUGCCCCGGCCCUGUCCCCCUGCUUUGCGGCACCCUGACCCCCAUCCCUUUUGCCGGGGCUCAGACCUGCCCCAGCGUGGAGCCAGGCGGUCCUGAGCGGCGGAGCCUGGUCCUCGGUCGGCUCCUUUCCGCUCCUUCGCCCGGCCAGGACACUGCCCACGAAGCCUUUGCAUCUCGCUCUUCGCCCCGGGAAGCGGCUGAGCUCCCGCGGUGCUGUGUGGCUGCUUAGUCCCAGACACAAACCAGCACGGCCAGGGCCCAGCCCUCCCCCACCCCGGCAUUUCAGCGUCAAGUGCACUUAGCGGGGUGCCCGGCGCCCCCAGCUCCCACGCCCCUCCCGGGUCUCAGGGUGGUCCCAGCUGCUGCCUGGGAGGCCAGAGUUGGUGCCCCCGCCCCUCCCAGGCACGUUCCUGCGACGGGGGUGGGAGGGGGCGACCGCGCUGGUCUAGCCCCCCAGCCUGGGCAAGGCCUGGCACCUUCGUGGAAUCGAAGCAGCCAGGGGGUAAGCACCGGACCCUCCGCGACUGGGCACAAAGGGGUCGCCCAGGCCCUGGCACUCCCCCCCUUCCCACCAGCUGCUGCUAUAGCCCUCUGUGGUUGUGCGCCCCACUUGCCCCAAGGGGCUGACUGUAAACCCUUCAUCCAAUGGUGCUAACCCCCGGCUCCUCUCACCCGCCCCUCGAGAAGCACAGGUCCUGCCAGGGCAGGCACCCACCGCACACUCUAGUCCGAGGCCUCCUGGCUCAGCCAGAGGAGAGACGGAAGGGACACGACAGGGAAGGAAGAAGAGAUCAAAGAGAAAGAACCUAACCCUAGCCCUACCCCCCUCCCCCGAGGCCGGGGCACCAGACCGAUUCUGAGGCACAAAUAAAAGAGGCUUCGAACCUGA